AUGAACCUGAAACUUCUUUUUUGCCCUGGAUUCCUUCUGCUGCUCAUUGUCAGCCAAAACCAGGCAAGGGCCAGGCCCAUUUCCAGCUUACAGGGUCUGUCCAAACUGUUAGAUGAGGACCUGGAGCAUCCUCUGGUCUCAGAAGAAAGGGACCAUGAGCAAGACGACAUGUUCCAAACAGGCGCCUUUGAUCAGCAAGACGCUGAAUUCCAGUGGACCCAAACCACCAGGAACCAGCCCGAGAGCAUAUCCAUGGGUGACAGUGCUGUCCAGAGGUUCUUCAGCAACCUCCUAAGUUUACCCCGUAGAUACCAAGGCAGAAGCAAAAAGGGCCUCUCCAGGGGCUGUUUUGGUGUCAAGCUGGACAGAAUUGGGUCACUGAGUGGACUGGGAUGCUAA